GACGACAAGAGAGAACGAAGAGAACGGAAAGAAGGGACGACCUGCUCGUUAACUCUGCGGGCAGCUUUGAAAUCGCGCGGACAGGUCAGGUGUAUCUCGCUCGAAGCAACGCACCUGUCCGAGAGAGCAAAGACGACGACGACGACGACGACGACGACGACGACGACGACGCGUAGAAACGCCAGCUUGCCGUUCCUUCAUGGGCCAAGGUACCAACUCCCUGGAGCCGCGAUUCUACCGAGCUCGAUAUACAUACAAUACGGUGCAAUGCGGUAUACCGGAUCAACCGUGUUACUUGAACGCGUAACCGCUUCUCUUUCUCUCGUAUCGAUCUUUCGUAUUCUUUCCUCGGGAGUUCAUAAUCGAGCAACGAAGCUAACCUUGGACGUUCAUUAUGGAUUCGAUCGAGCUGUUUGCGUUCAAAGCUAUGUUAAAAUUUAUCAUUCAAAUUUCUGCUGGGCGACAUUAUUGCUGAGAUAUUCUGGAAAAGAGCAAGGAGAACUCUUUUGGGAACGAAAAAGGGAGUAGUACCAAGAGGGCACCAGGAGGAUACCGGGAGGGCACAACCAGCUUGACUUUCAAUUUUUGGAUCUACACGAUUUGGGUGAUAGCGAUAAAAAUCAGUUGAUGGCAAUUUUAAAAUCUAGUAAUGUUACGGACGCAUUAAAGCUACCAUGGGAUACUCUGGAGAAUAAUCACGAGGGAAAUUCGACUGUAACAGAAAUGUCGGAAUUACAAAAUCAUUGGUAUCAAAACGCAGGAGGAACCGAGGAAGAAGGUUUCUUAAAGUGCGCUAAUCCUACAAACGUUGCCGCCUCCUCGAUGGUCAUGUCGGCAAUACCACAAACGCAUCAUCCCUAUAACCAACAAAUAAUAACAACUAUGUGCAGCGAUUGGCAACCCAUGUAUAACGUUCCUACCGACGCCCAUAUACAAUCGUAUAUACCAGGAUUAGCCUAUUCUCAUCCAAUAUUUCCAAAUACGGGAAAUGAAAUUCAUGACGUUUCGUACGGGAGAGAAAACGGACGACGUAGCCGAGGCAGAGGUAUAAGAAGAGACAAUUUUAGCCGAGGUAUCAAUCAGACUACUGAAAUCCAUUCGGGAUAUAUCGGGGAACAGAGUCAAUUUCAUCCGCCGAUACCCGUUAUGUACUUUUUGUCCGAUCACGCCGUAUCCCCGCAACAGCAUCAAGUUGCCGGACCAAUUUUUUAUCCUCCCAUAUAUUCCUCCCCAACCAUGCAUCCACAUACGAAUACGCACCCACAUGCUCAUCCUACUUAUCAAUCGCAUCAUCACUCGUCCAAUAACAUCAGAUAUGGGAGACAAUCGCAAUCGGUUAUUACGCAGCAAAGUCAAGAGUGCCUGAAAGCAACAACGACGAGCGCUGCCAAAACCCAAGAUAAACGUCCACAAAAUGUAUAUUCGACUGUGAAGCCAUCGUCUUCUUAUCAUCAAUUGUCAAACGAGGAAGAUAGUAAUUCCCCUCAGACGAACAUCGUGACGACAGUUAUUGUAAAUAACAGUAAUCGAGAGUCUCGCAUCGAUAAUGACGACGACGAGGGUGGUGGUACUACUGCCGUUAAAAAGAGCGCGAAUAACAACGCCAAAGUGUCGCCGGUUAAUGUCAAAAUAGAACACAAUAUCGUUUCGACCGUCAACGAAGCUUGCAACGGUACGGAGAAAAGUGAUCUGCCAUGUGUAAAUAUUAAUAGCAGCAUCGAGGUUAAGCAAAAUGGCGAAAGCGAGAAGGAAUAUAAAAAUGAAACUGUUUCUAGUAUUAAGACAACCGUUGUUAAGACAUUGUCGACGUCUACGUCGAAGUCGGGUGAAAGUGAAGUACAAAUUGAAGAAAAUGACCCAUCGAAAGGAGCCUCUCUAACUGAUGAGCCUCUUGUAAAACCUAAUAAUACUGUAAUACCUGCUGUUGUCUCUACCGUUGGAAGUUCCUCCUUGGCUUCUAUUACGCCGAAUAUGUCUUGGGCGAAUGUUUUAAAGAAAGGCAGUUCAGAAUUACAAAGUAAUAAUAGUUCGGGUUACAAGCCAAUGGCACGAAUUAAUCCAUUACCAGUUACGCCGGUUAACGAACAACAGAGCGGCGCAACGACGAAAACGUUGCCAUUGCAGCAAACGAUCGUACAAAGGGAACAACAACGUAUUGCAGGUCCAUCGCUCGAAAACGAAACUCUUUCUUCUAGUGCGCACAAUAUGUCGAGCGAUUCUACGAAACACCAAACAGAAUUGACGAUCCUAAACAAAUACGACGAUCCUACUGUUUUUAGAAUGGGCGAAUUCUUAUUAAACUAUCAGAUGGACAAGCAAACGGUAAGCUUGUUACCGCGUGGCUUAACGAAUCGUAACAAUUAUUGUUACAUCAAUAGCAUAUUACAAGCUUUACUAGCGUGUCCACCCUUUUACAAUCUUCUUAUGGCCUUGCCAACGACCCAUUCCAAAGGCAAUUGCAAAUAUUCAUCCACCCCCCUCAUAGAUAACAUGAUAAAAUUUGUUCACGAAUUUACGCCUCUGUCGGACAGCGCAAGAUCAGCUAGAAAAGAUAGGGUACACAAAAGAGGGGACAAUUCUAUUGUAGAUAUACAAAGUGGUAUGGCAUUUGAACCAUCUUACGUGUACACUAUGCUGAAAAAUACUUCCGCUGCCGGAGUAUUUUCCGUAGAAGGCCGACAGGAAGAUGCGGAAGAAUUUCUCUCGUGCCUUCUAAAUGGUAUCAACGAUGAAAUGUUGGAGCUUAUUAAAUUAGUAAAUAAUGAACCAAACCCAGCUGCUGCAGCGGAGACUAACAUUAAUUACAAUCAUGCGGAGGAAGAGUGGAAAGUAAUGGGACCAAAGAACAAGGGAUCCAUCACACGAUGUACCGAAUUUGGUCGAACACCCUUGUCUGAUAUUUUUCGCGGCCAAUUAAGGUCUAGAGUGUCUCGGAUGGGAGAACAGCCGACCGACAAUGUGCAGCCUUUCUUCACGUUGCAAUUGGAUAUCGAAAAGGCGGAGACUGUGACAAGGGCGCUCGAAAUAUUGGUGGGAAAAGAUCAAUUGGAAGGGAUGACUUGUAGUAAAACGAAGCAACAAAUAGAAGCUUGGAAGCAAGUAACUUUGGAAGAAUUACCGGUUAUCCUUAUAUUACAUUUAAAGUGGUUCGAUUACAAGCUUAAUGGAUGUUCAAAGAUAUUUAAGAAGGUCGAAUUCCCCAUAGAUUUAAAAGUGGAUGCCAAAUUUUUGUCACCAAAUAUAUGGAAAAAAUUGAAUUCCAAACAAAAACAGUACAAAUUAUUUGCUGUUACUUACCACGUUGGGAAAGAAACAACAAAAGGCCAUUACGUUACCGAUGCCUUUCACGUAGGCUACGGAGGUUGGGUAAGAUACGAUGACAAUUCGUUACAAGGUAUUUCAGAGAAUGACGUAUUAAAUCCAGCUCCUCCUAGCGUACCCUAUUUACUAUAUUAUAGAAGAUGCGAUACCAUCGGGAAUAAUCAAUCAAACGCAGGUAGAACCCGUUGAAAUAUCACUAUCCAUUUGUAUAGAUAAAAGUCCUAAACAAAUAUAGUGUGUAUCACUUUUUACGAUUUCACGUUUAUUGUUGAUAUUUAUAUCCGAGUAAGCAGAACGUUUGUUAUAAAGUAUGGUAAAAUUGAA